AUGGAUACCACUCACAAUAUUGCCAUGAAUGAAUGCCCAGUCUGCGGCGUAGCCAAAAAAAGAAUGGAGAGACACCUUGUCGACGUUCAUGGAUAUUCGCAAGACCAAAUUGCGGACUUCAAAGUUCAGAAAAAGAGCCGGAAAGUUGCCGCUUCGGGAAAGCCAGUGUAUAACUGCGAAUUCUGUGAUGCGACAUUCAACAGUAUGAGUGGGCUGAGCCGUCAUAGAGGAACAAAACAUGCCGACGAAUAUUCACCUCGAGUUAUCAUGUGUCCCAUCUGCAGAGAAAGCGUCAAGAGUCACCGUGAACUCGCGAACCAUGCUCAUCAAGAGCAUGCUGAGGACCCAGACGAGUUCGUGGUGGAGACCAUUGUUUUCCAAAAUCUGGAGGAUUAUGAGAACUGGAAGCUAUCCUUGGAGAAGGGCGGUGUGAUAAGUCGUUUCAUAGCAAGAACGAAGAUUACGGAACACACUAAAGUGACCUAUUUGCGCUGCCACUUCUCGUUCCAUUCAGCUUCGGUCGCAGAGAAAACGAAGAAGUCUGUGCCCUACUGCACAGCUUAUAUGAAUGUGACGGAGAAAGUUGAUGGUGUGACAGUCGAACACUGUCCCACCCACCUCGGACAUGAAGCCCGCCCAUCUCAGUUGAGACUAAAUAAGAAUGCUGAGCAGUAUAUAUCUAGUGUGUAUCUAGGACGCUGCUUGCAGCAAAAUGCCGUGUCCUCGGUAACUAGUGGAGAGGUUGGAACUGCUCGAGAUGCGCCUUAUAGUAGCUUUGGAGAUGAAGAGAUGAUGGAAAUGGUAAAGGAAGACUAUGUAGAAAAAGAAGAGCAGAUCCCAAGAAGUUUGACGGACAUUCAGGAUCGCCACAAAUUUAUUUUGCAAAGGAUCGAAAUGGAGUAUACAUCAGCUCGCGAGAGUGUCUUCAAAGUGAUGAGAAGACCAACGGAAAGAACGGAAAUGGAUUUAGAGCACGCGUUGCAGAUGAUGCUGGAGUUCCGCAGAGUGGUGGACUCGUUUGCAAAGAAUGUUGAAAACAACGAAAACACUGGGCGCCUUUUCCGCCGUCCAGUUGCACCUCUGAUCGGCCGUUCUCAAGGGCUUGCUCCGAUACGGAAACUCCAUAAGCGCUUCCUUUCACGCAACGAAGAGCACGCUAAGCGAAGGUCAGCGAUGUACAUUCCGAAUUGCGAGCAGAACGAGAGGGACGUUUGUGUCGUAUGCCUUCGUAUACAGCCAGGCAGUAGUAGCACAAUCGGCCAAAUUUGUUGGAUUCGAUGUCCAACAUGUGGAGAUUGGAUGCACACCGAAUGCCUCAGCAACGUUUGCCCUUAUGACGACGUCGGACGGUUGGCGACCGGUGGAGGCGAUCAAAUCUCAGGUUGUCAGGACGUCAUUGAUUCUGGACCAAGGCGACGCACGCACGACUCGCCAUGGAGACUGUCUCAGACUGUGUACUUACAACGCGAGAACAGUUUCACAGCGCCGACCUGCAUGCCUUCUCGGAGCUGCAGAGCGUAUCAAUUUCACGGUUGCUCUGCGGAGACCAAGUGCAGAAGGAGCGACGUACGACAGAUGAAUGACGGUACCUUCUUCGUGGGAGAGGUUCCGUCGCGAAAUGUAGGCGGUGUUGGUUUGUUGUGCACCCAUCUGUCGUCCAUCUCGUCGAUUUCCGAGAUCCUGUACCUCGUUGGCCAUUCUUCGCCUCCGCCCUCUGCGCCAAAAAUCCAUAAGUAUCAUCAACUGCUAUUACCAACAUCGCAGCUGAUCAUUCCGAUUGGACGCGUUUUACGAGGAGCUGGAGGAGUAGUCCACAACGAGAAGUCCUUUUACAAAUUCGUUGUCGGAGACUUCAACGCAAAACUAGGAAAGGCCACAGAAGAGGAAUACAGGAUUGGAAGAUUUGGACUAGGGGACCGGAAUGAAAAUGGCAAUCGUCUCGCCGCGCUGUUGUCCGCCGCUCGCCUCUUUCAUGGGAACUCUCUUUCUGAAAAAGAUCAUCGUCGGUGGACAUGGGAAUCGCCCAAUGGCGCGACUCGUGCGGAGAUCGACCACAUACUCACCAACCGGAGGUGGUGUCUACUUGACGUUCAGUAG